AUGCGGCUGGGAGCUUCCAAAAGUCCCUCAUGUCCUUGCCUUGCCUUCUGAGCUCUGGGGACGCAGCUGAGGAUCUUCUACUCUGUGAGCCUUGGACGUAUGUCUACAACCACAACAAUAAUAGAUGGUAAGAACGGAUCCGUUCCCUCAUCAUCCAUGAAAGUGGGCAAGAAAUCAGUUACAGAAGACCUCGUGACAACGUUCAGCUCACCAGCAGCAUGGCUUCUUGUUGUUGCUCUGAUUGUCACCUGGUCAGCAGUAGCUAUUGUAAUGUUUGACUUGGUGGAUUACAAAGACUUUGCAGGAAGAUCUGUUAACAAGCUCAGCACAGAGCCACUGAGAAUCAUUCAUGAGACAUUGGAAGAAACCACUGAUUGGCUUUAUGGCUUUAUUUCUUUACUGUCUGACAUCGUAUGGAGUGAUGAUGAUGACAGUGAUGAAGGUGAAGUGGAACCUUCCCUGAAAAAAGAAAUUCAUAAACAGAAACUGGAGAGACAUGAAAAAAGAACACCAUUGAAGGUAAUCCACAGAGACAAACCUGAAAAACAAGAUAAAAUUGAGAGGAAGGAACCCCUAAAAGUGACACAUAAAGACAAACUGGAAAGACAAGAAAAACCUGAAAAAAAGGAAAGGCAUGCAGCUCUUCACAAAGAGAAACCUGAAAAGCCAGAAAAACAUGAAAAGAAAGCACCUUCUAAAGUAAUUCAAAAAGAGAAGCCUGAAAGACAUGAAAAAGCCGAAAAGAAAUCUCCUCCCAAAGAGGAGAAGAAAGUAAAGAGCACUAAAGUGGAAGCAAAAGUUAAAAAGGAAGUAAAGGAUGGAAAAGGAGAAGCAAAGAUGGCUGAGAAGGUCAAGCAGGCAGAGACUAAAACAACAGAAGUUGGGCUAAUAAAGGCCAAACCGAAAGUUAAGGAGGAGAAAGCUCUUCAGACUGUAACUAAAUCGGAAAAGAAAGAUCAAUAUGCAUUCUGUCGCUAUGUGAUUGACAUGUUUGCGCAAGGGGAUUUUUAUCCAGGACAUAAGGAAAUGGUACCACCUCGUCUUCUUCUAGAACAUAGUCCAAGAAAGAAACCAGCAGCUAAUGAAGAGAGAAAAGAGGCAAAGAAAAAGACUGAUGUAAAGAAGGCUAUGACUGAAACUAAAAAGAAAGAAAAAGAAGGAAAAAAGGAGAAAGCUCAUGAGAAGACAGCUGUCCCUGAAAUUAAAAAAGAAGGGACUCACUGGCAUGAAAGGCACUAUAUAAGCUUAAAGGAAUAUUUUUUUUCUUAUAAAAAAGAAGCUGCUGUGUCCAAAGAACUCAAAAAGCCAGCAAAAGCUCCUGCAGCCAAACCAGCCACUAAAAAAGCAGCAGCACCAGAACCACACAAGAAAGAAAAAAUGAUGGAAACUGCAUCUGUAGAAACUCUGAAGUCAAAAGUACCUGAAAAGAAGGAAGAAAAAGCAAUGAAGGCAGCAGAACAAGAUAAACCAAAGACGAAACAUGGAAAUCCUGGAAAAGAGAAAGAAUUGAAAUCUCCAGGUGCUACAAAAGAUAAAGAAAAUACCAAAGAAAAGCAAGGAAAGAAUCCUACGGCUUUAAAAGAUAAAGAUUCUCUGAAAGGAAAGAAUCCCAAGAAUCCAGAGGGGUCAAAAGAAAAAGAGACUGGUAAAAGAAAAGAUGUGAAGCCCCCAGCAGUCUUAAAGGAAAAGGACUCUUCAACAGGAAAAGAAAUGAAGGCUUCAACUAUGACUAAGGAAAAAGCUGCCGUGAAAAAGGAGGGGGAGAAGAAAGCUACCUCAGAGAAAUCUCAUGAACACAAGCAUGAGCACGUUAAACAUGAAAAAGCUAUCUCUCAGACUAAGCCAGAGGAGAAAAUUAAACAGCAAAAGACAACUCCCACUGAGAAGUCAGUCCAGGCAAAGACAUCAAAGCAUGAAGCAGUCAGACAUGAAAAAAAUGCUCCACCUACAAAACCAGUCAAAUUGAAAAACACUGCAAAGCCAACAGGUGAACUCCCAACAGCAGCCACGAAAAAAACAAAGACAAGUAAGGAAAAAGAAGAAAAAACAAUUGCGAAGAAACAUCUGAAGGAUGAAAAAACCAAAGGAGUCCCACCACUUAAAGAAGCUCCACGACAUCACAACCUGACAUCAGCUCCUGUCCGCUACUUUCAAUGUGUCUUCCUAAAUGGACCUAAUGGAUUUGGACUGCAAUUUCCCUCUAAUCCCCCUUCAAACAAGGAAGAAAAGACUCACUCAAAGACUUCCAAGAGAAAGACAAGGAAACCAGGGCAGUAGAGGGACUGAGUCUUGUGAUCACUCACAUUUUGCACUUUAUCUUUUCUGCUGAGGUCCACAGUAGUUACAGUGGUACUUGUCAUUGCAAGCAUGUGAUCCACUCGGAUACAUGUGCCUGGAAAAGUUUCCAUGGGGCAGAGGCAAAACAAGCAGUAAUGAACUGUGUUUGACAAAGGUAGAAAUGUAAAAGUGCCCCAUUUCUCAUGGAAAGGCUGCAAUGCUAACAAAGCAUUGACCUGAUGGUGUGUGUGAGCAUGUGUGUGUGUUUUCCUGCCUCUUUUGCUCUUGUUUUUCUUUACCUACCUGUUCACCAUACAAGUGAGUCUGUUUUCCAUUUAAUCUUAUCUAGGGAGUGAAAAGUUGAAUGUAGCUCUUAUAUCAGCAAGAUUGCAAGUCUACCUGCAAUCCUAAAUCAUUUCCUCUUAACGUUCAAACAAAUUGCUGACAGGAAAAAGUCUCACUAAGUCAUGAAAAUGUGCUCUGUGACUGGUGCUAUUUUUAUGUCUCAUUGACCAGUGUAGCCUGAAGCUCACACUUUCUCGGAGCAGCUCAAUAUUCUGUCAGUAAGUUGACUCUGCAAGUCACAUUAAUGAUGAAUAUUUCUAUUUAACUUGAAGCAGCAAAAGCAUGGUCUCUUUGUCCUGCCUGUUGGUGAAAUACAAACUCUUCACUUCCUAAAGCCCAAAGUGAGCAGAGAAAGUGAAACAAAAUGGCAAAGGUGAGGAAAACCAGUGUUUUACCAACAUGAAGGCCCCAAGAAACAAAUUUAAUAAUUUUAGUACUUCUCCUUUUCUUCUGUGGGUAAAUCAGAUCGACUUGCAGUGAAGACCAUAUAAACGGAAAAUAUACUGGCCAACCAUUUGCUAUUAGCAAAAGUUAGAAGAACAACCGUGGUGUGAAACUAAGGCAACCCAAAUUUCCAAUAGGUAAACAUGCCAAUUUGAUGCAAUCUCAGAUCAGUGAACAAAAAAACCCAAACAAAUUAAAACAAAACAAAAGAA